AUGGUCCGAAAGCUAAAGCAUCAUGAGCGAAAGCUUCUGAAGAAGUUUGACUUUAUUAACUGGUCUGCGGAUAACAAUCUACAUGAAUUGAACAUUCUCAAAAAAUUUCACAUUCAAAAGCGCGAAGACUAUACACUUUAUAAUAAACUCUCCAGGCGCAUUCGUGAAAUCGCUAAUAAGCUAAAGGAUCUUGAUGCGAAUGAUCCAUGGCGCGCUGAAAUGACGAGCAUGCUCUUAUCUAAGCUUCACAAUCUUGGACUCGUUCCCACAAAAGCAUCAUUGGCAUUGGCUAACAAAGUCACAGCAUCCUCCUUUUGUCGGCGACGAUUACCCGCUGUUAUGGUUCGAGCUCGUAUGGCCGAAACCAUCAAAGCGGCUGUUACAUUCAUUGAACAGGGACAUGUCAGAGUUGGUCCAGAUACUAUUAGAGAUCCAGCAUUCUUAGUUACUAGACCAAUGGAGGAUUACAUUACGUGGGCACCAGGUUCCAAAAUCAAGAAAAAGCUUCUGGAAUACAAUGGAUUACGUGAUGACUUCGAAUAUGAAUGA